AAAUUUCACCGUCGCUCCACAAUUCGUUGUUCGAUUCGCUCGUAGACCUUCCUCCUUCCAACUCACUAUUCUCUGCGCUGCGUGUCCAUGGUGUCCAGAGCUUGAAGCUGUUUCUAGACGAAAAGCAUCGGCGUCGUUCCGAGUUAGUUUUCGCACCACGUAGAUACAUGUACGUGCUCGUAGUCCCGGCCCGGGCCCGCCUAUGAAGUCAGUCCGUGCUUGGUUGGUUGCAGGCGUAGCCUCUGCAGUGAGCGGACGCCCUUCGAGGCCUUCUCGCCGUGCUCAUGGAGCGACAGAUAUGCGACCACAGUGAUUCAGGUGCUUCUGGAAGAUCGACUACAGAGGUGAGCUCUGGAGCUCCGACGUCGAACGAUGCAGGGCCCGAACUCGCGCCAUCGAAGGAAGGAGACAUCAACAUGGGGGCUGAAAGCCAAACUGCAUGUAGUACAUCAGCCGCCGAAUCCGGCCACGCACCGCCGUGUCAAAGGUCGAGCACGGAACGGAGCUGCUCUGCGGCAUGCGUCCCCGAAAGCUCGAAUUCCGUAGCGAAACCAAGCCCACCUGAUUCCUCACCUUGCACGGACAAUGGCGAGAAGAUCGAGCAGGAAUCGGGCAGCGAUUCGGAGUACAUCGUGGUGGAUGAGCAAGGCAGGCCGAUCGCUCAAGAAAGCAACGACAAUCCGCGUUCCACUGCGGAACGAGCAGGCAGCCCGGCCGAUGCGAAACAAACGGAUGUCACCGGCGGCGAGCAGCGACCAUCCGAAAGUAGCCUGCCGCCCCAGCCAGAGCAAGCCCGUGGUGCAUUUGUUGAUGCGAAUAAUGGUGCUGGCGGCGGCACGGACGGCGAAGGGGAGUUGGAGCAGCUAGGCGUGGCAGUGGGCAUGCAGCGCUUGUACGAUCUCGGUGACUGCGGAAAACCAGUGCUAGGGAUAUUGGAGAAACUCUCAGGCGUGGGCGAUACGUUGAAAAGCUACUGCAGAGAGGGGGAGAUUGGGGACGAAACUGUGCUAUUCGGCCGGCAGAUCAAGUACUGGAGCGAGGCAACCCUGAGGUACGAAGAGCCGUUCCGCGAGUUCCGAGCCUACGCCGUCGACUUGGAAACGGGCACCAUGGCGAAGUCGGAAGGCCGUCAGUUCCGGCACGCCGACAGAGCAGCGCAGAGUGCCGUCUACCAGCUUAUUCACACGCUGCGUAGUGAGCACAGCCUUGAAUUCUAGGUGCGAGCAGAGUCGGGGCGCCAUGGGCGUUGUUUUGUCGAGGUCAGGGCAAGACGUUUUACUGUGUGAUUUGGCAACAUGCUGGUGAGCUGAUCUACUCACCUCCCACCACUUUAGGAGCCGCAUCUGCGCCUUGAUCCUUGAAGGGUGGUGGCGUUCCUACGGAUGCGAAAACUCGGCCUCUAUUUAGAGAAACCGAGUCUCACGCGAACCGUGGAAAACAAUUGGCAACAUUGAUCCAUAGAGGGUGGGGGCGUUCCUGUGGAUGCGAAAAACUCGGACUCCAGCCGAGUCUCACCCGAAUCGUGAAUUUUUAUUUGUUAUUCUUUAGCAACGUUCUGCCAAAGAAGACAUUCCAGUGGUGUUACAUCAUUGAAUAAUACAUUGCACUAGGUAGGGCAUCAGUAGGUGUUACAUCAUUGAAUAAUAUAUUGCACUAGGUAGGGCAUCAGCAGGUCCAACAUAUUAAAAGCAGACUCUGUGACCAUACAUUACUGAAGCUGAAGGCUUUCCAGAAUCGAAUAAAGUUGUUACCUCGGCGACGCCAAUUUCUAUACUCCUG